CCUGCGAAGCCCCAGUACGCAGGCGCGGAGCCUCCCCAUUGAGGGCACGUGUGACAAGGCUGCUGGUCCUAGUCGGAGCCCCAAAGGCAAGCAUUAGGUUUCCGGUUCCGGGAGUAACCAACCGCCGCAGAGGCGACAACUACUGUUUUGGAAGAGGCAGCGGUGGAGGAGGAAGAAGAGGAAGAGUGGAACGGGCGGGUGGCGCCAGCGGGAUCCUUCCCGUGGGUCCACGGGCCUAGAGCGGAGGAAGCCGCGGGCCUGGUGUCAAGCUGGCUUCUGCUCUGUCCCUGAAGCAUCUAUGGCUGAGGCCUGGCAGGACUGCCCAGCCCUGGGCCCUGGCUGGAAACGCAGAGUGGCCUUUCGAAAGUCAGGGGCCUCUUGUGGACGCUCAGACAUCUAUUAUCAGAGCCCUACAGGAGAAAAGAUCCGAAGCAAAGUUGAGCUGACUCGAUACCUGGGCCCUGCAUGCGACCUUACCCUGUUUGACUUCAGACAAGGCAUCUUAUGCCAUCCCAUUCCCAAGACCCAUCCCUUGGCUAUUCCCAGCAAGAAGAAAAAGAAAUCUUCUAAACCAACCAAGACUAAGAAACAACAAGUAGGGCCACAGAGAAGUGAGGUCAGGAGAGAGACUCCACAGGGCAAAAAUAGGACCACUACUGCCACAACUUUAGCUUCAUUAGCUGUGUCUGCGUCGACCUCUGCUUUUGCGUCUGCAUCUGCGUCUGCGUCUGCGUCUGCGUCUGCAUCUGCACCUGCACCUGGGAGCUGUGAGAAUUGUGGAAUCCAGUUGUCAUGGGAUAGUAUCAAAAGGCAGAGACUCAGGACAUUGUGCAAAGACUGCCGAGCACAGAGAACUGCCUUCAACCGAGAACAGAGAAUGUUUAAGCGAAUUGGCUGUGGGAACUGCACAGCUUGCUUGCUGAAGAAAGACUGCGGGGUCUGCUCCACCUGUUGCCUGCAGCUGCCCAGUGAUGUGGCCCUGGGGCUUCUCUGCAAGUGUGAGCAAAGACGCUGCCUACGGAUUGUGGAGAGGAGCCGAGGGUGUGGCGUGUGUCGGGGUUGUCAGACCCAAGAGGACUGUGGCCAUUGCCACAUCUGCCUUCGCUCUCCCCGCCCUGGUCUCAAGCGCCAGUGGAGGUGUUUGCAACGGCGCUGUUUUUGGCACGUUGCUCAUCGCUUCCAAGGCCACCCUCAAGGAUGUCAGCAGUGCCCUCCCCACGUUGCGGUAUCCCCCACUGGCAAACGUGAUUCUAGUAAGAGAGGCUCCAAAGUAGCUCCUCGGCGUCACUCCCAAGCCCCGCCACUUCCUCCACAUCCUGCAUCCCAGCACCCAGAGCCCACAGAGCUGCACAUCAGCGCCGUAGCACCCACCUCACCUGCUGAGUUCAUCUAUUACUGUGUAGACGAGGACGAGCUACAGCCCUACACGAACCAGCGGCAGAACCGCAAGUGUGGGGCCUGUGCAGCCUGCCUACGGCGGAUGGACUGUGGCCACUGCGACUUCUGCUGUGACAAGCCCAAAUUCGGGGGCAGCAACCACAAGCGCCAGAAGUGUCGUUGGCGCCAGUGCCUGCAGUUUGCCAUGAAGCGCCUGCUGCCCAGUACUGGGUCAGGGUCUGCGGAGGGAGCAGGAUUGCCUCCACAUCAUAAUCGAAAGAGGCCUGCUUCUGCUGGACAACUCCGACUGAACUCUCCCUUAAAGGCUGUGGUCACAACUCCCCCAGGCCCUGUCCAAGGUUCAAGAAAGAGGCAGUUGGGUACAGGCUCUGUACAGCCCCAACCUGACACAGACCUUGUGGUUUUACAAGAGGAUACCAGCAGUCUCAUGCAGGUGCCUGGCACUGCUGCAUCUUCCACAGAAGUCCCAGUGCACGAGGCCCAGUGCUCUGCCUCCAGUUGGGUUGUGACCUUACCCCAGGUGAAGCAAGAGAAGGCGGAUGCCCCAGAGGAGUGGACAGCAGUCACCACCUUCCUGACUUCUUCCACGUUGCAGUCUGGCUUCGCUGGCAAGGCGGCAGACCCAGACCUUCCACCUGUGAAACAAGAGCCCCCUGGCCCUGAGGAGAAUGGAGAAGAGAACAAAGAUUAUGUCUCUGAAUCAGCUCCAGCAGAGGAGAUAGGAGGAGCUGGCACACCAGUGAUCACGGAGAUUUUCAGCCUGGGUGGAACCCGCCUCCGAGAUGCAGAAGCCUGGUUGCCAAGAUCCAAGGACCUUAAAAAACCUGAAACUAAAAUGCAGUAGACUGGAGGCUUCUGCUGACUAUAGGACUGAAGGUGAUAUUGCAGACCGGCUUUAUGAGAAACAACCCUGAGCCUCCAGGGGCUGGACCUUGGCCUGGUUGCAGAGCUUGAGUGUGAAUCAACCCUAGGAGAAAAACCUACAUGCACAAGGAGCAGGCCUGCUCAGUCCUUGGACCUUAGAGGAAGCAAGCUGGAGAGGAAGAGAAAGAGUAGAAGGCUGGUAGAAAAUGUGCUCCUGCGAGGACCUCAGUGCCAUGAGAAGUUGGAUGGUAGGGAAGGAUAGCUGAAGCUACACACAACUCACACAAUGCCAUCUUCACAGUGUCUGUCGGUGGCUUCUGGGUGACCUGGCAGUGUGUCUGAGCAUUUUCUCAGGGAAACAGCAGUUGCAAUGCUAUGUGAAUAAAAAAAGGAAAGGAGCUGCUGUUUGCUGAGCUCCUCUGAGGAGCCAAGCGACACUUAACCGUCACAGUAGUCCUUAGGAACACACUGAUAUUAUGCACUUUUGCAGAUGGGUAAUAGAUUGAGAAGAGAUGGAUUUUCCCAGUGUCAAACAGUUGGUGUUGGUAGAGUCUAGAAACACGCGUAGGCUAUAAAAGCUUUGUUCUUUAAGCCACUAAACUGUUAACUGCAAUCUUCUGUGCAAUAAUGUAUAUUACAAUAACAGGUUUAGUGACAUUGAAAAUAGCAGUGGGUCAUUACCAACAUUGUAAGAGAUCCUUUACAUUUUGCCUCUGUCAUGGUUUAGGGAAUGCCCAGGCUAUGGGUGGAUGGGUCACCUUCUUGUUAGGCCCUAGAUGCUGCAUGGCUCCCUCUGUCCUUCCCCACUACUGGCCGACAGUUUGCUGUGCCCAGACACUCUCACUUCAGACAGAGCAGUGCUUGGAGCUAAAUCUGUCAGUGACCCCUUUUUUCCUGGCAGCCUCUUCUCUCUGAUGACCUUUGUGCUUGUUUCCUGCCCUCAGCCCAAAGGUUUGUUAGGAGGCAGAGUGAAUUGAUGCACUGAGUCCUGCCUGAGUACCAGUCUUGGCUCAGCCUUACCUCAUUUCUCAUCCUUAAAAUGCCAAAAAGUGUAAAGUUUGUUACUUAGCCAGCUGUACAGGGCAGAACUGAGGACCUGAGCACAUGUGUGUCCUGUGUACCCUGUGGGUUAGCUUUCUUCCAGCUCUGCUGCCUCAGGUAAUGCAGAUCUCGAUCACUCUCUUUAUUUCCAACUCACAAGACAGCUCUGCCACCAUGUUCGUCUGCCUUUGCCCUGCUUUGCCUCCAUGUGUCCUGGAUCGUGAUGCUGUUCUUAAACCCCUAGUACGCUCCACUUGUCCCUUGUAUCCUGGUAGCUUUGACAGUGGUGUGUUAAGGGACAUGUGCGUGGUUGGCAUUUGACUUGUGAAUGAAGAUUCUGACUACUAUAUGUGUUUGACUAGGGGACAAUCAAAAGAUCAGAACCACUACAACAAAGGCUGGUGUAUGCAUGUUAAGGACAUUUUGGGAGACGUCUUACAUUCUGUCAUUUAUAUAAAGUGCUGGGACUUAAAGUAUUCAGGAUGGGGAGCCAGGAAGGGUAGGUGGAUGGACACAUGGGAGCCCAUGAACAAGAGUUUGAAUUCAAGAAAAUGGCCUGGAACUCAUGCAGUGUCUCACGGUCUCCAGCUUCAGUGAUGUUGGUAUCCUGCAGAAGAAGCUAUUGUUCUUAGGAGCACCUGGCCUAGGACUAGAAGCUAAAGGAGGCUGGGCGAUGGUGGCGCACGCCUUUAAUCCCAGCACUUGGGAGACAGAGGCAGGUGGAUUUCUGAGUUCGAGAUCAGCCUGGUCUACAGAGUGAGUUCCAGGACAGCCAGGACUAUACAGAGAAACCCUGUCUCGAAAAACCAAAAGAAAAAAAGAAGCUAAAGGAGGAUCCCAGGGAGAGGGAGACUGUAGCAGCUGAAGGCCUGGCUGUAGGACUUGCUGUUCCCACGCCAAGGUGAGACAGGAAACUAAUGACAGCUUGUGUGAACUGCAGCAUGCUUGGUGUCCCUGCACCAGCCUCCCAAGUGGUAAGAACAGCUGCUGCUGCUUCACUUCUGCCAGCCACAGUGUUCCUGUGGAUGUUCUUAACUGGAAGUAAGAGGGGAAGGAUCCCAGCAAGCAUAGUCUAGUCAAGGUGACAUGGUAGAAAGCCAUGCUGCCAUGCUCAGCUCCCAAGGGCUCACCGCUCACCUGAGGAUCCGUAAGGCUGAAGACCAUGGAUUUCAGAAUGGUCCCAGCAAGUAACGAAAUCAUGUCAAGCUCGCCCAUAACAGUCUUGCUGGUGUCAGCUGUGCUGUGUCAUUCAUCCAAGUCUUGAAAGCUUGGCCCAUAGUUCUCACUGUACAUGAUACUGAGAUUCAGAAAUGCGAUUUUAUAAAAUGCAUCAAUAUAUAUUACAAGUGAUAAAACGAUCUCCAGUUUAUUAUGAACUUUGAUGCUAAAAUAUAGAAUUGAGUAUAUUGUGGGGAAGCCAGUCCUUUUUUUUUUGAGUUUUUUUUUUUGAAAGUAUAUAAGUUGGAAACAACUUAAUCAUUUCUAUUUCUAAGGUGUUCUAUUGUAAAAUUGUUUUAAAACAAA